AUGACGGCCGUCACUGAGAUGCAGAGUAAGUCUUACACUAUAAAAAAUAAUCUGGUAUUUAACACUGAAAAAAGUGAAAUAUAGUGGAACACUUGUUUAGUGGAACACGUGAAAAUGUUUACAACUACACUGAAAAGAUAUGGAUAUGCAAUAUUCAGUAAAAAUGGUGUAGUAUUACACAGCAGAAAAUGUGCAUUGUCAUACUGUAAAAAAGAGGUGUAUCCAUGUUGACUCAGUUUCAGUUUAAACAGAUACCUUAGGUAAUCCAGGUAGUGAUCUGAUCAGAGUGGACCUGUGAGGGUCUCAGAGACUGCAGAGAUUAGUCCUGCAGACUAGUCCUGGUCUGAGCAUCUCACUAUGGAUCAUUAUAAAGAGACAAGGAUCAGGACUGUCAACUUGGGUCAGGAUAUAGGAUGUAUAUGUGUGUGUGUGUGUGUGUGUGUGUGUGUGUGUGUGUGUGUGUGUGUGUGUGUGUGUGUGUGUGUGUGUGUGUGUGUGUGUGCGUGUGUGUGUGUCCUGCUUACAUACUGUAUAUGUGUGUGUGUCUUUCAGAGAUAGGGAUGGGUCUGAUGGGGUUCGGGCUGUUUUUCCUGCUCUUUGGAGUGUUGUUGUACUUUGACACUGUCCUGCUUGCCUUUGGGAAUGUAGGUAGAACACAAACACAGAGACACACAGACACACAGACACACACAUUUUAAAUCUACCUGAGGACUAUGAGUUGAGGUUUGAGAUUAAUAUUGCCUGUUGGCUUUAAAUUGAGGUUUCUGUGUGAUAGGUCUGGGUCACCAUUGAAACUGACUCUAAACUCAACCCCUAGACAGGACCAGGUGGUGAGUCCAGAGUUAGAGAUUUAAACUGGCUAUAAAGUGGUGAUUGGUUACAGAUUUCAGGUCAUGGAAUGGAAUAUACCUUGUUUCAAAGCCGAAAUAAACUAUAACUAUAACUAUAACUAUCAGCUGAUCUAACCUGAAAGACUUUAAGAAGAGCUAUGGAAAAACAGCUGAAAGUAAAACUUGAGUAACAGUACAGGUAAAUUGUGAAUCUGGUCCAUGACUGACAGAGAAAAAGGCCUAAGUGGCUGCAGUCUCUGCCUCCAUCACACUUAUCUAUAUCAUCUCCAUCAUCAUUAUCAUUAUCAUCAUUAUUAUUAUUAUUAUUUUAUUGUUAUCAUAAUCAUCAUCUUCUUCAUCAUCAUCAUCAUCAUCAUCAUCAUCAUAAUUAUUAUCACCUAACAUUGUCAUCAUUAUCUUCAUCAUCUUCAUCAUCAUCAUCAUGAUCAUCAUCAUCUAUAUUUUAAUCAAAGCAAUGAUCAUCAUCAUAUUUAUUAUCAUCAUUACCAUUGUCAUCACCAUCACCAUCAUCUUCAUUUUAAUCAUUAUCAGGAUCAUCAUCAUCAUUAUCAAAAUGAUCAUUAACAUUAUCAUUACUGUAGUGUUUUGAAAUGAGCCUCAUACGGUCGCACCAAAAUAUAUGUAGCGAUUUGAAAUGAGCCUCACAAGGCCGCACCAAAAUAAUACUUGGCGAUUGGAAUUUAUAAUAAAUGUCAGAAGAUUAAUAAUCUCAAAUUAUGACAUUUAUGCACUCGUUGAAAGGGGCACCACCCACCCUUAAUGGUGGGAAAAUAAAGAAAACAAAAGUUUAAUUCAGAAAUCAAACAUCAAGUCAGUUUUAAUUAAUCAGUCUUAAUUAAUCAGUCUCAUAUCUUAAGUCGAAAUUCUAAUUUCAGGGACUCCACUUCUGGAAGAACACUAACAGACAGGAACUUAGAAAAAUAAUGAUCUGUUUAUUACAGGAUAAAUGAUGGUACAACACACAUGCAAUAAAUGAUGAUAAGAUAAUGAAGAUAGAUAAUAAUAGGUGAAUAAAUAAAGAUUCUGAGUCAGGCUAGGAGCACUAAAGUUAAUGAUAGUGAGUGAAUAUGCGCUAACAUAUUAACCUACACUAACUUUGGUGUCGAGAUAAACUCGGGUGUAGAUUUGGAGGAAUCUAAGAUCACCAGAAAUAGGUGGAUAUCUGAGUUAUGAACGCGUGAGACAGCAUCAGCCCUGUCUGGAGCUCUGGAGGUUUGCAUACUUAAGUGAGACUGGUCCUUGGAGAAGAUGGAGCAGGUUCCGAAGGUCCGGGGCUACUGGCGGUUCGAGCGGUUCAGCUCAGAAGACGACUGAAGUCAGCCGAAGGAUGAGCCAGGAGUUGCAGCACUCGGGCCCGAAGCAAAGCCAGCGCCUGUGGAUCCUGUGGAUGCUCGUUUGGGUACUUCUUUGGUCUCACUCAAAAACUCUGGCACAGAGGAUGACCUGGGCCUGCUGGGUUGCGUUCAGAGGUGACUUUGAAAUCACGCAGAAAACUCAGAAAAACGAGGCUCGAAGAGCAGAGAAAACUUUCAAAAAUGGCUUCGCGAAAUUAAAGAAAAAUCAAUCAAAGGCUUAAUCUUGAAUUGCUAUGCGCACAAAAAGUUGAAGUUUCAAAACUUGAACUAAGACGAUGUUAAAGAAAAAUCAACGUGAAUCAACACGUGGCGUAAAACUUAGAAGACUAAGAAAAAGUUCUAAGAGAAAACAAAGAAACGCACCACAGAAGGGUGUGGGCAGAAGAGAAGGGGCAUAAGAGCCGGGGACAAGAGAGUCAGCAGAAGAGCAGAAGCAUAAGAGAGAUAAGAGGAGCAUAAGAGAGAUAAGAGAGCGUGCAACCCCACUCCACUGGUUUUAUCUUCUCACACUGGGAGUGUCUGAGGAGAAAGAGGAGGGGGUCAUCGGGUCUCUGAUUAUUUGAUCUAACUUAUUCUUUUGGCUGGUAAAAGAGUCAGAUCUGAUACUCACUCACUAUGAUUAAUAUCAUUGAAUGCUUGGUUUCAUGAUAAAUAAUUUGAUACUAAACACAUAUGAAUGAAGUGUAGGAUCACAUCAAACAUUCUCAUUAUGUUUUAAGUAUCACAUUGAACAUGCUAAAUUACUCUGAAAUGAAACAGAUAGUAACACAUAGAAACUGUGAACAACAAAAGAGUAAACACAUGUGAAUGAACGUCAUCAUGAUUAAUAAUGGAUUCUAAAUACUCACAUUCAGAUUAUUCAGUGACAUUAUAACCACCUAAUGGUUAAGAUACUAAAUAAAUAACUAAAAUAUAAACCAAACAUUUCUAAACUAUUUCUGUUACUUAGAGUAAACUUAGGAUUCAUAGUCAAUAAAUUUAACUCUUAAAAGUUCAUGAAACAGUCUGAAAAGCUGUUGGUCUAAAGAACUAAAGAAUAAGGAUUUAUUCUGUCAGAUAAGAUAACUUGGCUUCCGAAGCACAUAGAAAAACGGGAAACAUCUCAUUUUAACACAAAUUUCAUGAUUAGACAGAUUAGUACAUUGCUGAAUGCAUAAGAUGUCAUGAUCAGUCAUUUGUAUUCUUUCACCAAAGGAAUGCAGUCUUUAUCAGUGUAUGGUCGAGCAGGGUUUUACGACCGAGGUCUGGAGGUCAGUGUCCCCCCUUAUCCUGGGGUCCGUAUGUUCAAACACUUUAAGACGCUAAAUCUCAAAUGGGAGAUCUGGGUUGAGACGUUAAUGUUUAUUUAGAUGGUCAGUAAUGGAGUCAGUUUGAAAGGUAAUAAAAACUCUGUCUCUGUUCUCCGAAUCGACCAAUCGUGAAGAGUCAGAGGUUUAGUCAACCUCCGGUUGGGUCACUUAUUUAACCUGAAAGUGUAAACGAGUCUGGAAAGAUUUAUAUCCUGUUUCCUGGGACCAGAUAAGGAAGCUUUCCUGUGAGGAAUGUGUGGGUUUCACACCCAGGGUUGUCUUGAUUGCUACAGUCCCCCCUUCGUCACGGUGGUCCUGUCCAUGGAGCAUCGGGACGACGAGUAGACAACCAUGAAGCAGCAGCAGCAGCAGCAGGUGUAUGCAAAUAGGACUGAUGCGUCUCGUCAUCACUAUGGGAAUCACUAGUACUGCUUUGAGAUAAAAUUAAGCAUGCAUUAAGCUAUCAAAUAAAAUAGUCUUGUUGUUAGACUUUUCUCAGUUAACUAUUGGUAGACUAAUGUGAAAGAAAAUCUCCUAAUUUUUAGUAUUAAUGAGAUUUAGAAAAGCACUCUUUAGUCUGAAUGCUAACUGGAUCUAAGGCUAUAGCUGUUUUUCAUGCUUGCUGGAGAAGUCUGAAAGUUCAAUUUCAGUUUCAAAAAUGGUUAAGACUUAGGUGGAAAAGAAAGGUCUGCUAUAGACAUAUUAACCAUCUGUGUAUGAGCAUAGUCAACCUGAAUCACAAACAUCAAAAGUUUACUGCACAGAGUUUCUCUUAAACUUUGUCUGUUAAACUUGGGGAUGAUGCUCUUAUUGGUUUGACUAAUUAUCUGCUGUUGAGUCUGAAAUUUGUCAAUCUGAGUCUUAAUGACAGAAAUUUCAGGUUUUAAUCUGUUCAUGGGAUAUUUGACAGCUGACAAGCUGACCAUAUUGACAGAGGAGAGACAAAUGCUAACAAAGAAAGCAGCAACUGGUAUUGCAGUCAUCAAUGUAUCACCACAGCAUUUGGAUAUCUUAUUGGAGUCAUUUAGCUUUGGCUAGGUGACUUCUGCUUUCGCAGGACUCACACCUUCAUGGCUCCGCAGAGUUAAUCUCAGUGGUUAGCUGAGUAGUCAUGUUUAUUCACCUUCAAAGUGGAUGAAACCGAUUGAGGUGGAUAAUAAGAUCGUCGUUUCCGAGAGUGUGAUUUACUCUGAUUCUGCCGGUCAUUCACCCCCCUUUGGCGGUGUUGAUGGUUUUUCCUUUGUCUGGGAUAAAACCCACCGUGACGGGAGUCUGAAUAACAACAGUUGGUCUCAAAGUUUACCUGGCGUUGGUCUGUGUCAGAACUGGGCCUUGGUGUGUAACUUUGACCUUUGUGAGUUUGUUGAGGUCGAAAAGGUUUUGGGGGCCUGGUUAACCACUCAUUUGGAGGCUUAUCGGAGCCUGAAAAUACACAGUCUGAAGCUUCGUUCAGCUCCAUGGGCAGUGAUUUUGUCCCCAUAGCCAAGAGAGUAACGGGCUCUGCUUUCUUAGCCAAAGUUUGUCGUUGUUUGGCAAAACCUUUUACAGCAAGUUCACGAAGCUGUCGGCUAGUCAAAGUGUUUGGACAAGCUAAGACGCCAAGGUGAUGACUGGUGGUAGGGUGGAGGUUCUGGACGAACAGCGUUUUGAAGUUCAAGUCCUCCUCCAUUUCUGGUUCAUUUCGGAAACCAAAGUAAGCUUCGCGUAAGCGGUUGUAAUAUUGUUGGGGAGAUUCUAAUCUCCCUUGUUUAAUAGACAGAGCAGCAGAGAGGCCUGUCUGGGUCAAAUAGUCAGAAAACUCUUCAAUUAAUGCUUGGCAGAGCAAGUCAUAAUUAUUUCUGACAUGAUAAGGCUGUCGUUCAAGGAAACUGCUAACCUCUCGACUUGACGUUGCCUUAAUAAGGUAGAUUUUGUCAUCAAUGGUUGCACCUGGAAAUUUCCUCAGGUAAAAGUCAAUGUCUUUCAAGUAGGUGCAGGUGUCAAUAGCACCUUGGUGCUCAGGUUCAAAGCGUGCUAUGUUGCGAGCAAUUUUGUCAAGAUCCCUAUCUGAGGGAGAUGGUAAGAAGCCAUCAUGAGGAGGAGAGUAGGACUCUUGGUUUAAGGAUGACCUCUCAGGGUCAAGCAGGGUCCUGUCAUGAUGCUGAGAGAGAUACUCAAGAGUUGGUUUGGAAGGAAGUGAUGGCGCUCUCUCAGGAGGCUGAUCACCUAUCAUUUCUUCAAGAAACGUUUGCUCCAUGCGUUCUCUUUGGGCUCGACCUGACUGGAGGGAGCAUUGUAACUCUCUUUGAGCAUCUUCAAGUUCUUUGUCUGUCUUUUCUUGCCGUUCUUGACAAAGAAUUAACUGUCUUUGAGCUAUCUGGAGCUGGUGCUGUAAGGUAGAAGUUUGCUUCUCCUUAACUUCAAGAGCUUCAGCACGCACUUUGACCAGUGCUUUCAAAGCUUUUACAUCUCCUGUUGCUUGCUCUAGUAGGGAUUCUGACUGUAUCAGAUCCUCUGUGGUCUUAGCAAGCUGCUUAUUCGCGUCAUCAAGUUCUUUCUCCUUUUUGUAAAGGGUUUCAUUAAGUCUUUCCAUCUUGUCUUUAAGAUCAAGAUUUUCUUCAUGACUUAUCAGUGAGGGAAGCUUUGACGCUUCACAUCUGGCACUGUGUUUUUCUAAAACACUUAGAGACUUCUUAGUCUCUUCUAGCGUCUUUUUCAGAGCGCUGUUUUCGUCUUUUUGUGUCUUUAUCUUUGCUAAAGCGCAUUCCAGCAAGUAGUCUUUAUACUCAAGCUGAGAAGACAUCACGACAGACAUGCAUCUAGUGAGCUCUUUGUCACGAAGUGUCGUGGUUAAGGCUGUCUCCAGUAGGUCAGCCAUUUCAUCCUCCGGAUUGGAGGGUUUGGCCUUUUGAAUCUUAGUCAUGUACUGAGGUAUCAGCUGACUAGUUAAGUUUGCUAACACUGUGUGUAUGUCCCUCAGGGGGUCUCCCUGGCUGGACUCUUUUGUGUUAGGCAUGUUUGGUUUUGGUAAAGAGGUGCAGGUGGUUGGUUGAUGAGUUUGAGUUGACUUAAAAUGAAAGGAAGAAGCAAAAUAUCAAAUUAAGUGGGUUAAUCGACUUAAUUUAUCAGUGCUUGAUAAAGAGGAAGAGCCUAUCUGAGUAGAUCUCUAAUGGAGAGAAAAAUAACAUAAAGUUAAAUUCAUUUCAAUGAAAAUUGAAAAAAAGUGAAAUGAUGUUAAAUUAAAUUUAACAUCAGAUACAGAACCAUUGAAUAAAGGGUUCAGUUUGUCUCCGUGUUGCAGACAACAGCAAAGCUUAAAUAAACUGCCUGAUGCAGUUGGAUGAAUCUGAAACCAAUGAAAUUGUCAAUUUAAGGAAUUAACUCUGAAGUUAAUUCACAAAUCGCAAUAAAGCCAAAGAUUCAACUACCCAAUUCAUCUGAAAUGGUAAAAUAGAUUUCAAAUAUUAAUUAAUUUGUUCAUUAAUUAAUUAAUCUUAUGAGGAGGGUUAAUACAUUCAUGUAUUAUAGGGAACAGUAAAACUGCUCAAUGGUGUGAUAAGUAACAACAGAUCAGGUGAUUGAUUCAAGGAGUUACUUUAUCAAUACAUUAUGUAGGCUCUUAUAACAAAAAUCAAUGAUCAAUGAUUUAGAAUAAGCACAUCAAACUUCAUCAACCAAGUCAAUCACUUGAGUUAUGUCUGUAGAGUGUUACACACUGACUACAGAGAGGCAGUACAGCUGGCUGAUACUGCAGGCAGAUAAUAGCAGUGUUAGCUCAAUACCAAAAGCAACCAUGUGGGGCAGUAUGGAGUUGGGAGAACUACACAAGCUCAACACAAGUGGAGAAGAAGAAGCAAAGAGGAAACAGUCAUCCAACUAGCCUCUUGUGGCUGUGUGAAGUUGGGAAGUCUGAAGGAAGGGGCCUUUAGGCUCUGCCUCCUUGAAGGGCCUUAUCUGCUUAAGGCCAAAUGGUCAGUCUCUCCACUGACAACAAAGGGUUAAUAUUUCACCGCAGGAUGCGUCUGCACCCUCAAACAUAGAACUUUACACCAUCUGCUCAGGCAGAUUGGUUCAAUAGAAUCAUUUACAGGAACAAGAAUCGACGUGACAAAUCCUUAAACAGCAGAUUCAACUGCGGACUUUAAAAUCACAAAUGCGGCGAUUUGUGGUCACGAAUUUUGUCUGAAUUCAUUCAAACAACAACCUCCCACUGUUACAGUGGUUUCCUGCGACAGGUGGUUAAUCUGUCAGGGGAAAGGAGGAAAUCUGAAUCCCAUAUAGUUCUGAAUCCCAUAUAGUUACUAGAACUUCGUAGCCGAAUAUAGAGACAAGAAUCAAAGUGACAAAUCCCUCAACAGCAGAUUCAACUGCAGACUUUAAAAUCACAAAUGUGGCGAUUUGUGAUCACAAAUUUUGUCUGAAUUCAAUCAAACAACAACCUCCCACUGUUACAGUGGUUUCCUGUGACAGGUAGCUAAUCUGUCAGGGGAAAGGAGGAAAUCUGAAUCCCAUAUAGUUACUAGAACCUCGUAGCAGACUACAGAGACUUCAGGGGCUUGAAACCACAGCUCGGAGCAUCGCGAACACUGGGUUCAGCCAAAGGCCUUAAAUACAAGCGUACGGCGACGCAACAAUCGUGCACUUAAAUAUUGGACAGUCUAGACAGAGCAGAAGAAGCAGUCUCACUGCUACUCAGAACAACAUUUCACGCUGUCCAGCUCAAACACAGACUACAGGCAUGUAGUACAAAAGUGUGUGAAACACAGGGCAUAAAGGUUUUAUGCAUAGAUCAGGAAAACAUCAGAACUUAGUCAAGCAACUUCAGCAAGCAUAGCAUUGAUUGUGAUUAAGUCUAAAACAGCCUGAAAAUAAGUUUCUCUCAUCAAUUUGGAAGGCUAAGUUUUAGGUUGUCUGUUAGUAUCCAGAAGUUUUGUUUGAAACGCCUCACACGGGGCACCAAAAUAUAUGUAGUGAUUUGAAAUGAGCCUCAUACGGUCGCACCAAAAUAUAUGUAGCGAUUUGAAAUGAGCCUCACAAGGCCGCACCAAAAUAAUACUUGGCGAUUGGAAUUUAUAAUAAAUGUCUGAAGAUUAAUAAUCUCAAAUUAUGACAUUUAUGCACUCGUUGAAAGGGGCACCACCCACCCUUAAUGGUGGGAAAAUAAAGAAAACAAAAGUUUAAUUCAGAAAUCAAACAUCAAGUCAGUUUUAAUUAAUCAGUCUUAAUUAAUCAGUCUCAUAUCUUAAGUCGAAAUUCUAAUUUCAGGGACUCCACUUCUGGAAGAACACUAACAGACAGGAACUUAGAAAAAUAAUGAUCUGUUUAUUACAGGAUAAAUGAUGGUACAACACACAUGCAAUAAAUGAUGAUAAGAUAAUGAAGAUAGAUAAUAAUAGGUGAAUAAAUAAAGAUUCUGAGUCAGGCUAGGAGCACUAAAGUUAAUGAUAGUGAGUGAAUAUGCGCUAACAUAUUAACCUACACUAACUUUGGUGUCGAGAUAAACUCGGGUGUAGAUUUGGAGGAAUCUAAGAUCACCAGAAAUAGGUGGAUAUCUGAGUUAUGAACGCGUGAGACAGCAUCAGCCCUGUCUGGAGCUCUGGAGGUUUGCAUACUUAAGUGAGACUGGUCCUUGGAGAAGAUGGAGCAGGUUCCGAAGGUCCGGGGCUACUGGCGGUUCGAGCGGUUCAGCUCAGAAGACGACUGAAGUCAGCCGAAGGAUGAGCCAGGAGUUGCAGCACUCGGGCCCGAAGCAAAGCCAGCGCCUGUGGAUCCUGUGGAUGCUCGUUUGGGUACUUCUUUGGUCUCACUCAAAAACUCUGGCACAGAGGAUGACCUGGGCCUGCUGGGUUGCGUUCAGAGGUGACUUUGAAAUCACGCAGAAAACUCAGAAAAACGAGGCUCGAAGAGCAGAGAAAACUUUCAAAAAUGGCUUCGCGAAAUUAAAGAAAAAUCAAUCAAAGGCUUAAUCUUGAAUUGCUAUGCGCACAAAAAGUUGAAGUUUCAAAACUUGAACUAAGACGAUGUUAAAGAAAAAUCAACGUGAAUCAACACGUGGCGUAAAACUUAGAAGACUAAGAAAAAGUUCUAAGAGAAAACAAAGAAACGCACCACAGAAGGGUGUGGGCAGAAGAGAAGGGGCAUAAGAGCCGGGGACAAGAGAGUCAGCAGAAGAGCAGAAGCAUAAGAGAGAUAAGAGGAGCAUAAGAGAGAUAAGAGAGCGUGCAACCCCACUCCACUGGUUUUAUCUUCUCACACUGGGAGUGUCUGAGGAGAAAGAGGAGGGGGUCAUCGGGUCUCUGAUUAUUUGAUCUAACUUAUUCUUUUGGCUGGUAAAAGAGUCAGAUCUGAUACUCACUCACUAUGAUUAAUAUCAUUGAAUGCUUGGUUUCAUGAUAAAUAAUUUGAUACUAAACACAUAUGAAUGAAGUGUAGGAUCACAUCAAACAUUCUCAUUAUGUUUUAAGUAUCACAUUGAACAUGCUAAAUUACUCUGAAAUGAAACAGAUAGUAACACAUAGAAACUGUGAACAACAAAAGAGUAAACACAUGUGAAUGAACGUCAUCAUGAUUAAUAAUGGAUUCUAAAUACUCACAUUCAGAUUAUUCAGUGACAUUAUAACCACCUAAUGGUUAAGAUACUAAAUAAAUAACUAAAAUAUAAACCAAACAUUUCUAAACUAUUUCUGUUACUUAGAGUAAACUUAGGAUUCAUAGUCAAUAAAUUUAACUCUUAAAAGUUCAUGAAACAGUCUGAAAAGCUGUUGGUCUAAAGAACUAAAGAAUAAGGAUUUAUUCUGUCAGAUAAGAUAACUUGGCUUCCGAAGCACAUAGAAAAACGGGAAACAUCUCAUUUUAACACAAAUUUCAUGAUUAGACAGAUUAGUACAUUGCUGAAUGCAUAAGAUGUCAUGAUCAGUCAUUUGUAUUCUUUCACCAAAGGAAUGCAGUCUUUAUCAGUGUAUGGUCGAGCAGGGUUUUACGACCGAGGUCUGGAGGUCAGUGUCCCCCCUUAUCCUGGGGUCCGUAUGUUCAAACACUUUAAGACGCUAAAUCUCAAAUGGGAGAUCUGGGUUGAGACGUUAAUGUUUAUUUAGAUGGUCAGUAAUGGAGUCAGUUUGAAAGGUAAUAAAAACUCUGUCUCUGUUCUCCGAAUCGACCAAUCGUGAAGAGUCAGAGGUUUAGUCAACCUCCGGUUGGGUCACUUAUUUAACCUGAAAGUGUAAACGAGUCUGGAAAGAUUUAUAUCCUGUUUCCUGGGACCAGAUAAGGAAGCUUUCCUGUGAGGAAUGUGUGGGUUUCACACCCAGGGUUGUCUUGAUUGCUACAUUACAUAAAUCUGUCAUCUACAAUAUCAACAAUAUCAUCUAAUGUUUUGAAAAUUUUUGUUUUGAGAUUUUGGCCCAUGUUUAAAACUCUUUUCAAAUAGUAUCUCCUCUUAGGGAUUUACGAAUAGAAAGCUGAAACUGCAGCCAGAAGUACCCACAAUGAUCUACUUUCAGACUGAUCUACAACUUUUGGCAAUUCUGGCAACAGCGCCUCUUCAUAGACAAGUAGGGCUUUUUCAAGCACCUUCAAAUGGCCUCCUCCAAAGCAAACAUUUACCCUUUUGAUGUUAUUUCCCCUCCAGUCUGUUAGAUAGACCAUAUAAAAAAUCAUCUGUUUAGGUCAAAGAGCGUGGCCAUGGCAUCUUUUGAAACUCCGAUGUCUUUUCACAGUAAAUGAUCUACAACACUUAAGGCAGUCACAAGUACCAACCAUCACAAAGUUUCAGGCUGCUAUGGAGAGCAGUGCACCGGGGAUGGCGGUCUUUGAUAAUCACUCUGCCUGUUUUACAUUUAUUGUCCACUUGAUGGCACAAUAGAGCAAAUGAAACACUAUGAAGCUUGGAAUAUGAGUCAAGCAAUUGGAUAGUAAGCUUCAAUGCUUCAUCUCAUUAUCAAUAAUUUUUAUCAUACGAUAUGAUAGAAUUUUUUUAUUACUACACUAUAUUUUUAUUUUACUACACUAUAAUACCUUUAACAAACUAAACUGUGACAUUGUUAUCAUACAAUUUUUAUCAACCAAUAUGAUGACAUUUUAUAAAAUGAACUUAAUGAACUGAAUUUAUAAUAUAAUUUUUGAAAAUACUAUACUAUGACAUUUUUAUCACACUAUGCUAUGAUAUUUUUUAUUAAACUACAUUGUAAUAAUUUUAUCAAACAGUACUUUGAGAUUUUAUUAUACUAUAGUAUAUUUUUUUUAUCAUACUAUACUAUAAUAUUUUUAUCCUACUUAACUAUGUAUUUUUGACAUAUAAUACUAUGACGUUUUCCCUUUAUGGAAAAUGUGCAAUAGUUUUCUGUCCUUUUUUAUUGAAAAAGUUGUGACUGCCAGUUCUGCAUCCGACCCCUCUGUGCCUCUUCCUUGUUCCUUGUUCUUGAUAUGUUUAAGCCUGUCUUUGUCAUUUUUAGAAGAGCUGGUUGGCCAUAUUAAGCCUGCAUGUUCUCCCUGUAAUGUUGUCCCUCCCGGGCUGUUUAAAGAGGUUGUCCCCUGCAUAAGUCAGUCUGUUCUGGCUAUCAUAAAUAGCAGUCUGUCUACUGUGUUGUUCCGCUAGGUUUUAAACAUGCAGUGGUGCAGCCUCUACUUGAAAAAAACAGGCCUUGAUUGUGGUGUGCUGGCCAAUUUUAGGCCCAUCUCCAAGCUUCCCUUUAUUUCAAACAUUUCAGAUAAAGUUGUUCAUGUUCAGCUAAAGUCUUUUUUGGAUGAGAAUGGUGUCUUGAAGGUCUUGUUGGAGGGAGAGAGAGUGCAUAAUGUCUGCGGAAGAUAACCUGUUAAUAAAGAAGUAUUGAUCAAGUUAAGCAAGGAUGUACUAAUUAAAGGAAGAGUUUCCUUCAGCAGUUUAGAUGGAAUUGGGUCUAAAAGACACAUUGAUGGUUUGGCUGCCAACACCACUGAAUUUAACUCAGGGAGGUCAAUAGGUGCAAAGUUACUAAGGUGCACCAGAGGCCUUAGGGGCUCCCACAAUUUCAGGGUUAUCUAAGCAAAAGACACCUGUUGAAGGCAAGAGAUUAUUAAUUUUGCCUCUUAUUUUCAAGAUUUUUUAUUAAAGAAGCUCAAGAAGUCAUCGCUGCUGAGGGCUAAAGGGAUACACGGCUCAAUGGUGCUCUGACAGUCUGUCAGCCUGGCUACAGUGCUGAAGAGAUACCUGGGGUUAUUCUUUUCUUCAAUAAGGGACGAGUAGUAAGUUGCCCGAGCACAUCGCAAGGCCUUCUUAUAUUUGUCAAGACAGUCCCGCCAGAGAAUACGAGCUUCAGCUGUUUUGGAGGAGCGCCAAAUCCUUUCCCGUCUUCUUAAUAACAGUUUAAGCUCACGAGUUUCAGCAUUACACCAGAGAGCCAGCUACUGUCGAAGAGCAGCAACUAAGUCAAGAAUGAAUUGAAGUGUGUCUGAAGUUUCAUCGACGAACUGAUCAAGUUGCAGGGAACUAACGUUCAAGUAUGAGCUAUCAGUAAAGUUGUUCAGACAACCUUCUGGUUAGCACGGUUUUGUUAUGAGGAGAAUAGCCUGAUAGCACAAAUUCAAAAGUUACAAGGAAGUGAUCCGAUAAAAGAGGAUUUAAUGAGCUGACUGACAAGGUUUCAGCUUCAAGGCCAUAAGCCAGGACAAGAUUGAGGGUGUGGUUAAAACAGUGUGUAGGUCCAUGUACACACUGUGUAAACCCAAUUGAGUCUAACAAGGACAAGAAAGCAAUGCUUAGGCUAUCAUUUUCCACAUCCGCAUGAAUAUUAAAGUCACCAACAACAAUGACCUUGUCUGCACUAAGGACUAGAUCAGAUAGAAACAAUGACAAAAACUCCAAGUAUGGGCUGGGAAGGCGAUAAACUAUAGCAAAUACUAGUACUCAUGGUCUUUUAGGCUGGAUGCUGGAUUUGUUAAUCAGUUAAAAUUAAAGAGUUGAGGGACAGACACAGUCUCUAUAUUAAAGUGAUGUAGCAAGGAGGCUGCUCUGACAAAAGUGCAAAGGAACGUGUAGGACUGCAGCUCUGUUCCCGAGUCUCUAUAUAAAAGUGAUAGUGGCUGGGAAGCUGCUCUAAAGGAGGCACAGAGGAGCAUGCAGGACUGCAGCUCUUCUCCCUGAUCUCGGCUCUGAAUUGUCAGUGACUAAUAAAAACGGCCAGAUUUCUGGAUAAAUGGGCCACUCCAUCUUGAGUGGGAUGAAUGCCGUCCCAACUAAUCAGACCAGACUUGCCCCAAAACGACUUCUAAUUAUCAAUGAAGCCCACGCUGUUUUGCGGGCACCACCUCGACAGCCAGCAGUUGAAUGACGAGAUACGGCUACACAUCUCAUCAGUUGUCUGAUCAGGCAGGGGACCAGAGCAAACUACUGUGUCUGACAUCGUUUUGGCUCAUUUACACACCAAUUCCACAUUCAAUUUAGUGACGUCCGACUGGCGGCACCAGGAGUCAUUAACGCCAACAUGUAUUACAAUCUUACAGAAUUUACGUUUAGCCUUUGCCAGUAGUUUCAAACUACCUUUGAUGUUGCCCGCUAUGGGCUGAGCUAAGAGCUAUUAAAGUAAACCACCAGAGAAAUCACCCGGAAUGGAGAUAGAGACGGUGCUUGGUGAAAACUAUCAGAUAUAUUCACAGACUUUUAAACAAACAGAUGUACUGAUAGAUUAAAGAAAGAAAAUAAACCAAACAACAAGAACGCUAUCAGGAGGAGCAAAACACCACACACACAGUUCAAAAGCAAGGAACACUCACCAGUCAGGAGGAGGAGUCACAGAGCAAUCGAUGAAGGAUCGAGUCACAAGGGCUGUGUCUCAUUUCAGAGACCGCAUCGGGAUAAGCGCUCUUAACGGCUGAGUGCACUGCGGUUUUGUGCUGUUAUGUGCUAUUUUGGGCCGUUAUGUACCCUUCCUGUGUCCUAUUUCAGAGACUGCAACCGUCAAACGGCUCAUCUGAAGCGUGCGUGAGGUCAUCACGCGGCACGAACGGUGUCCCGUUUGGCACAAAAUACUAAGCGCGCUUCAAAUUCGGUCUCAAAACCACACUACCCCCGCCCCUUUUUCAAGCGUGCAUGUAUGCACGCUUUCGUGCCAUCGGUAUCCCAGAAUUCUUUGCGUGCCGCUGCACAGCUUCACAUUUCAGGUGAGACGCUGGACUCGCUUGGAGACACAGCGUGUCUUUAAAGAAAAUACAAGAAAUCCAAAAACAGCAGACAGUCAGCUCAGGCUGUAUGAGAGCAUGAUCUCUUAACUCACUAAAAUCUGUUAACCAAACAUUAUAGUAUUUCGAGACAACUGAUCCGCUCUGCUACAACUAUCAAAAACAUUAGAAAUAAGAAAGCUGACAAAACUACAGCAGAGUAUCAGGACAACAUUGAGUUUUUUUUUUCUUUUAAGAUUUAGAGAUUAAAGUUGUAAAUUUAGGAGAAUAAAGUCAUAGGGCUCUAUUUUGGUGCCUUGCCGGAGACGUGCCGCAAGCGCAGCGUCAGUCAGAUCCGCCGCGCUGACAAGGCGUUCCCAAGCACAUUUUGGUAUUUUGGUGAGCCGCGCAGCCCGGCGUAAGUAUCCCCCCUCCCUAACUCAGCUCCUCCCAGCACCAUAAGUCGUAGACGGGGAGGGGAAAGGGCGUGUAGUGGGUUUAACACAGCCGAGACCUGUUUUCACCAAUCACAUAGGCUCCUCUCCUUGCCUUUAAAUCCGCCACAGGCGAGGCGUAUUACUAUUUUCAUGAAGUAGUCAAAGAGAUCAAGAGAUGUCUUAAGACAGUAAUGCCACAAGAUGGCGACAGAGGGCAGCUCCUCAACAAGUGUCCUCCACACUCUCUCAUAUGAGCACAGAUGGAUUUAGUGUGCGUAAUGUUGGACCCACUGGUAAGACAAACACCCUUUUCCACAAAUAAAGACACUCACAUAAAGUUGCUCAUAUUCAAACCUCACGUGACAAAGGUGGGUUGUGCACACAGAUCACAACAUAAACUCCAAAAAUGGCAUUAAAAUCGGAACCAUCUGUGCGUAAAUGACGCAUCGCACUCUGUGGCCUGGCUCUUUCUUUCAUAGAUGUUGGCAUAUAAAAUAAAUUUGGCUCACAAAACUGAAUAUUAUAAUAUCCGUAUGUCGGCUUAAAGUAGAUAACGCAUCUGAGCACUGAAACAAAUCAUCUGUUCAGCUGCAGCAGCAGCAAGACGGACAGAGGACACGGAGACGUGUCCAGGUUGAGCUGUGCGAGAAAUAAGAGGAAGAGGAAGAAAGAAAAUAGUAGAGCAGACAAAUGCAUAAUAUAGCCCGAAUCGUUCACUUUGUUAUACAAGCAUGAAAUUUGGUACACAUACUCGUCAAACCCCACUCUUUUCAAAAAUAACGUUAGCCAUGCAAAAUUCCAAGAUGGCGGCCCCAAAAUCCAAGAUGUCCGCCUCAAAAAUGUGGUUUUUCCUUUAUAACUCAAAAUGCCUUGAUUUUAAGCCCCAUACAUAUAUUGAAAUUGAAUAUAAAGUUGUGUAUUGCAGACAUUUUGGUACCUAGUACAUCUCUGUAUCCAUUACGGUUCUUGAGAUACAGCAUAUAGAUACUUGUACAGAAUUGACAGAGUGAGAAAUUUGUAACACCGAUUGUUGUUACGUGCAUAUGGGUUAUAUGAAAAUAUCAUUUCCAUUAUCUAUUAUUUUCAUGAGGCUUAUAACAUUAAAUUUGAAAAACAAGAUAGUGUCCAAGAUGGCUGCCAUUGCCUUGAAGUAAUCCGAUCUUAGUGACUAUGAAACAUUUACUUUUGGCAUGCACAUAUUUUUGGUCUAUGCAUCCAAUGUCGCCAUUGCAGUACAGAAUUUAGAUGUUUAUACAGUACAAGCUUGCAGAUGUAAUAGAGUGAAUAUCGGCACACAACCAGGGCACACUGGUGAUAUCACUGCUGUGUAACUCAGCAUGACCUCCAGGAGUUCUUUCAGCAUGAGAACCAGUCCUUCCCUGUUGCAUUCCCUGUUGCAAAAGAUCCAAGACUUUUGAGGACUAUGCAGUUCUCGAAUUCCUACCUGUGAUCUACAUGUACUCCAGCAAGUACACAAUGACACAUCUAGUCUUUGAUGUGAAAAACCCAUCAAGCCUUAAAGCUGAGACCAGGUCCAAACGUGGCGAGGGGGAGAGACACAAGGUAAUAAAUAAGAACACCAUGCUAUCUAACUGGCAUAACUUCCUGAGGCACAAUGACAACAAAACAGAGUUGUUCCACCCUUGCCGACAAGGUUGCACAAAUGUCGUCACAAAGGAACCUGCUGUCCUCAGCACUCAUGCAACUGGUCUUGACGGACUGGAUAAAUGCUCUCACGAGGAAGCGGACAGCCGCAUCUUUGUGCACGCCAAACAUGAAACUGGUAGCCAAUCCAUCAUGAUCAAGGCAAAUGACACAGAUGUUCUGAUCUUAGCAAUAAGUGUAUUCAGCGGUCUACAAGAGGCUGGCCUACAGCAUAUGUGGCUUGCAUUUGGGCAUGGUCAGACUCUGCGCUGGAUCAGUGUGCAUGACAUAUUUCAGCAUGUUGGCCAGGAGAAGGUCAAAGGCAUGCUCUUCUUCCAUGCCUUUACAGGUUGUGACACUGUGUCUGCCUUCCGCAACAAAGGCAAAAAAUGGCUUGGCUUACAUGGGACGUAUGUCCAGAAUCCUUGCCUGGAUUCGCCAAACUGGGUAUUUACCCUCCCACAGUGGAGGACUGUGACACAGAGGUGCUUGAGAAGUUUGUCAUUCUCAUGUAUGACAGAUCCAGCGCAGCUGCUACUGUGGAUGAGGCCAGGCUUGACUUGUUUGCCAGAAAGCAGAGGCCCUAUGGGUCUAUUCCACCAACCAGAGUAGCUCUACUGGUUGUGUGUGGGCCCAGGCAACCCAGUGUCAGCCAGAUGCAGAGGACCCUGCAGACUGGGGAUGUCAAAAGGUUGGUGAGGAAUGGCAGGUCUUCUGGACAGUCAACUCUCCAAUAGCCAAGACAUGCGAACAGCUCACCAAAUGUGGCUGUAAAUCUGGCUGUUGUGGCAGGUGCAAGUGCUACAAAUUGGGUCUCAUGUGUACAGCUCUGUGCAGUUGAAACUGUGAGGUGUAACUCACAGUAAGUAUGCUGUAUCUUACAAACUGUAAUAGAGGCACAUGGUACUAAAAUACCUGCUUUUAUCGAUGUCUAAAUUCUGUACUUAGCUUAGAUGGGAUCAAGAAAAAUUAGGGAAUUUUGUAAACUUCCGAAUUUUAGUAAAGUGUUAGGUAUGGGUAUAAGGUUUUUAAAAAACACCGCAAACGAGUUGAGUGCAUCCCCUAGUGGUCAGUUUGCAUGGUAUUUAAUGUUAGAUAGUUUAGUAUAUGGUUGAAACCCUCCACAUGGCCUCCCCCGCAAGUAGCCAGAGAGUAGUCCCCCUCCCACCUCCCAUACCCAAUAGUAACAGAAUCCAUUGAAAAAUCUCUUCUAUCGCUUACUUUGGGUUUCAAACUGAGGUGUUGAAUUUUGGAUUCUGGGCAAACAAACCACUAGGGGGCGCACCCAUAUCGUUUGCGGUGGUUUUUUAAAACCUUAUACACCAUAACAAAAAUCAGAAAAUUGUCACAAAAUGCCAAAUUUUUAACUUUUUAUGACAAGUUUCAUCCUUCUGAAUUCAUGAUUCAUCUUUGCUGAAUUCAUGAUUACUUCAAGGCAAUGGCAGCCAUCUUGGACACCAUCAUAGUUUUCGAAUUUCAUGUUAUAACCCUAAUGAAAAUAACAGAUAAUGGAAAUGAUAUUUUCAUAUAACCAUAUGCAGGUAACAACAAUCGGUGUUACAAAUGUCUCACUCUCCCAAUUCUGUACAAGUAUCUAUAUGCUGUAUCUCAAGAACCGUAAUGGAUACAGAGAUGUACUAGGUACCAAAAUGUCCGCAAUACACAACUUUAUAUUUAACUUCAAUAUAUGUAUGGGGCUUAAAAUCAAGGCAUUUUGAGUUGUAAAGGAAAAACCACAUUUUGGGGCGGACAUCUUAGAUUUUGGGGCCGCCAUCUUGGAAUUUUGCGUGGCUAACGUUAUUUUUGAAGAGUGGGGUUUGAAGAGUAUAUGUACCAAAUUUCAUGCUUGUAUAACAAAGUGAACGAUUAUUUCCUUAUCUGCUCAGCUAAAAGGAGGGAGACGAAUUACAUAUCUAGUUAACUUCAUCAUGUGUGUUUAUUUACUAGAUAUUUAAUUUAAUUUGAUGCGGUUUCAGCUGUGUUGAUUCGGUCAGGUUGUGUGUCCAAACGCGUGCCAAACGCGCUCAUCAGAUCAGAUAUAGAUCAGAAUAUAUCGAUAUAGAUCUAAAUAUAUGUGCUGACUCAGAUUAAUAGUUGAUGAUGAUUAUUUAUUGCACUGAAAUGUGCCUGACACUGUGGAAACCUGCCGGUGAGGCAUCAGUGACGUAUGUCGAUACGCCGCCGGUCUACCAAAAUACUACUAGACCAGCUGCGUUCCGCCUUGCGCUGAAAGCUGACCAGGUUUGAAUCGGCAAGCUUUCAGCGCACUUUACACGCCGUUGGCGAGCACGAAAAUGUCACUGCGCCUGCUGAUUCUGUCGACACCUCCGCCAGACGAAAAUACAACUGCGCGGGGUCCGCCGCCCUCCGCCACCUCACCGGCGCGCACGAAAAUAGAGCCCAUUAAGUAUAUAAAGUCAUAAUGCUGCUUUUGUGGAGGUGGAAAUGACUGAAGCUGGUCAUCUGCAGGGUUAUCUGUGGAUGUAUCAGCGGGUCAUUCAGAGAGAUUUUGUGGUUUCUGAAGAAACAAUCAAACUGAUGAUGAUCAACAUUUGUGAUCCAGAGGGAGUCGAGCUCCGACGAGCACCACAUCUCUGACACCGGCGGUAGCCUACACCUGCAGAGACACCAACACCUUAUUAUGGCAUAUGGGUCAUAUCAUAAACUAAAGCUCAAUGUCAUUCACGGAUAUUUACAGCUGCAUAAACGGAUAUAUCCUCAGCAUAUUCAUUUCUGCCUCCACAAAAGCAGCGAUUUCCCUCAAGUACACCAGUUUUGUUCCCCGUGGUAAAGACGUAUUUCUCAUAUAUUCUUUUUUUAAGUCUUUAUACUUAUGACAAUGUGAUGCUGAUGUGCCAGAGGAUGAAGUAUCUCCUUGUUUGUGAAACCUAUACUGAAGCACAGUUCCUUCAAAUGCUCAAAUGGGCCAUAUUGAGAUUUAAGACUUUAAAGACUUCGAGAUUUAAGUCGUGAAUUUACGAGAAUAAAGUCAUUAAUUUAUGAGAAUAAAGUUUUAAAGUUUCCUGUAAUUUCAGAGGAGACUUGUUAAAAUUAGGGCCAUGAAGCAUUUGAAGGAACUGUGCUUCAGUUCGACAGUGCAGAAGUGCACUUAGCCCCAUGCGGUCUCUGAAAUGAGACACAGCCAAGGAUUCUUGUGAGCCCUCCAACUGCAGCUUUUGAUACAAUGGACCACAAUACUCUGGUGGCUCAGCUACGACACCUUACAGGUAUCCGUGGUACUGCACUGGAGUGAUUUAAGUCAUAUUUGGCUGACAGAACAAUGAGUGUGAGCCUUGAAGAUUCAGUGUCCAGCUCUGCUCCACUGCCGUAUGGUGUUCCACUAGGGUCCAUUUUAGGGCCCCUGCUCUUUUCCUUGUAUUUGCUGCCCCUUGGCUCCAUCCGAAGAAAGCAUGGCAUCUCUUUUCAUUGUUAUGCUGACGACAGUCAGAUAAAUGUGCCACUUAAUAGGAAAAAUGCUUUCACCCUUGCACCACUUCUGGCAUGUCUUGAAGACAUCAAAGCCUGGAUGGCUUUGAACCUUUUAAAUUUCAAUGAGAGAAAAACAGAAGUGAUGGUCUUUGGUCCCAGUGGCCCAUUUGAAUCCCCUCCUGUAGGCUUGGGUAUUUUGGCAAACUAUUUAAAGCCAACCGUCUCAAAUUUGGGUUUUAAGACAGACAGUCAUUUUAAAUUCGACAGGCAAAUUAGCUCAGUAGUGAAAUCCAGCUUUUAUUAUAUUAGGCAGCGGUCUAUGGCAAAGCCUUUUCUUGCACAUAAGCACUUUGAAACAGUAAUCCAUGCCUUUGUUACAUUUCGGCUGGAUUACUGUAACGCACUUUACUUUGGAGUAAGCGAGUCCUCCCUGUCACGCCUCCAGUUAGUACAAAACGCACGUACGUAAGGGGGAGCACAUUACUCCCAUUUUGGCCUCCCUCCACUUGUUACUUGUGCACUUUAGAGUUCAUUUUAAGAUUCUUUUAUUUGUUUUUAAAUCUUUAAAUUGUCUGUCUCCAUCUUACCUCUCUGAGCUUCUCCACCCCUUCACCCCUACUCGGUGCCUCAGGUCAGCUGAUCAGCUGCUCCUGGAGGUACUGAGGUCCAAACUGAAGCUCAGAGGGGAUAGAUCUUUUUCUGUUGCGGCCCCAAAAUUAUGGAACGAGCUACUCCUCCAAAUCAGACAAGCCCCCUCACUAUCCAUUUUUAAAACUCAUCUUAAAACCCAUUUUUAUUCAUUUGCUUUCAACCCUGCAUGAGACUCGGCUCCUGUUUAAGUGUUUUAUGGUUUGUUUUUAGUUAUUUGUUUCUAUUGUUUUUAAAUUAGUUUUUAAAAACAUUGAAACUAUAUUUUACUAUUUAAUAUCUGCUUUUAUUUUAUCCAAGUUGAGUUGAGUUGAGAAUUUCCUGAAAUUUUUAUCGCACUGUAAUGUAAUAUUUUAUUGUACAAAACUAUGCCAUUUUUAUCAUACUAUAUAGUGACAUUUGGUAACAUAUUAUUCUAUGACAUUUGUUAACAUUCUAUAUUAUGACAUUUUUCAACAUACUAUACUAUGAAAUUUAUUUUAUACUGUAUUAUGACAUUUUCUUUAACAUAUACAAAACCUUUUUUUAGAUACUAUACUAUGACAUUUUUAUUGUACUAGACAAUUACUUUUUUUAACAUACUGUACUAUAAUUUUUUGCUAUACUAUACUAUGACAUUUUUAUUGCACUAUACUAUGACAUUUUUUAUACUACUAUGACACCUUAAUUGUCCUAUACUAUGGAAAUUCAAUCAAACAAAGCAAAGAUAUUUGUCAUACUUGAUUUUUGACGUACUUUACUAUGACAUUUUAUCAGACUAUAAUGUGAAAUUUUAUUGAACAAUACUUUGACAUUUUUUUAACAUUCUAUAUCAUGACAUUCUUAUCGUAGUAUACUACGACAUUUUUAUUGUACUAUACUUUGACAUUUUUUAAACAUACUUUACUAUGACAUUUUUUAACAUACUGUACUGUAACAUUAUGUUAACAAACCCUACUGACAUUUUUAACAUACUUUACUAUAAGAUUUUUAUCAAACUAUACUAUAACAUUUUUAUCAUACAAUACCAUGGCAUUUUUAAACAUACUUUACAAUGAUAUUUUUAGCAUACUUCAUUGAUCGUUUUAUUUUACUAUACUUUGAUUUUUUUCAAAUACUAUACUAUGAAUUUUUUUUUAUCAUACUACACAAUGGCAGUUUAUCAGUCUAUACUAAUAUUCCUCAUACAGUAUUUUUUUCACACUUUACUGUUAGAUUUCUACUAUACUAUACUAGGAUUUUUAGAACAAACUAUCUUAUGAAAUUUUUUUUAUCAUACUUUACUGUGACUGUCCUGCUAUUCUAUCCUGCUAUUCUAUGGCAUUUGGAUCAUGCUAUACCAAGACAUUUUCAUAAUACAAUUAUAUGAGAUUUUAUUACAUACUCUAUUAUGACAUUUUUUAUCAUCCUAUACUAUGACAUUUUUUAUCAUACCAUACUAUGACAUUUAAUCAUACUACACCAUGAUAUUUUUAACAUAUUGUACUUUGACUUUUUAAUCACACUAUGAUACAUUUUUAUUUUAUUACAUUUAAAUAUUUUUAUCAAACUAAACUAUGAUAUUUUAAAACAUUCUUUACUAUUACAUUUCUUUCAAACUAUAUGAUAAUUUAAUUCUACUGUUUAAUGAUUUUUUUUACAUUCUAUUCUGACAUUUUUUGCAUACUCUACUAUGAAAUUUUUUAUCAUACUAUACUACUACAUUUUAUCAUACAAUACUAUGACAUUUUUAUUACACAAUACUAGGAUAUUUUUAACAUACUGUUUUACUGCAUUAUUUAUUAUACUAUAUGACAUUUUUAUCGUACUUCUAUGAUAUACUGUGAUUUUUUUUUUUUACAUACUUUUACUAUGAAAGUUUUUAUCAUAUUAUACUUUGAUAUUUCUCAUACUUUAUUUCCACCAUACCUUUAUGGUAUGACAUUGUUAUCAUACUUAAAUAUGAAAAUUUUACAUGCUAUACAAUGACAUAUUUAUCAUUCUUAAAUAGGAUUUUUUUAUACUAUAAUAUGAUAUUUUAAUCAUACUGUGAUAUUUAUAUCAUAUCAAUGUCAUAAGAUAUUUUCAUCAUACUUCACUAUAACAUUUUUGAUUUUACUUUACCAUGUUUUUAUCAAACUAUCCUUUGCCUCUUCUUAUACAAUUAUAUUUUAAUUUUAUCAUACUACACUAUGACAUUUUUAAUGAUUUAUACUUAGACAUCUUUAUCGUAUUAUGAUAUUUAAUUUUACAGAUUACAGAUUGAAUUGAAUUGAAUUGAUUGAAUUGUCAUUGCACAUAUCAAGAGUACAGAGCAAGGAAAUUUGCUUCCAGUUCGACCCUUCCAAGAAAACAUUAAAGACAGUCACAUACAGGUGGGCAGGAGUGGGAAGAACUGACAAAUCGCCAGGGGGAGACGCUCUGUUUUCCUAGAUGGGAGAAAAGGAGGACAAGAGGGAAGAAGAGGGAGAAAAAAAGGGCAACUCCAAACUCUGCACUCCUUAGGGGGGGCAGAGUGUGGGAUCAGUAAAAAAAACCUUGGCACAUUGGCAACAUAAGACCUUACAACAGAAGCACACAAGAACUUGCACAUGUGGGAGAGGGGCUGGUGUCUGGAAGGGAGGGUGUUGUAGCUCAGACUCUGGGGAUGAGCGCAGCCAUUGGCGCGCAUCAACCCACAGUACCUGCACCACAACAGGGAAGGAGGGGGGAUGGGGUCCAAGAAGGUGUUGCGUUGGAGGGUGUGUGUGUGAUUAUUCUUCAUGUAUAUGUAUGUGCGAGCCCGUGGCAUUGUCUCUCUCUCAGUCCCUCACAAAUGUCCCAGCCGUCUGAUAACAGGAGACGGCCUUGGAGAGUUCUGAUCCAGAAACAAAGCUCACCGGAGGAGGAGGAAUGGGGAGGAUAGGGCUGAGCAUCAGUCUGCAUAACAUCCAGUUUAUCAGACUAUUGCAUCGAUUUGAAUUGUAAUAAAUGUCAAAGAUUAAUAAUCUUAAAUUAUGACAUUUAUGCACUCAUUGCAAGGGGCACACAUUGUCAAUCUUAAAUUAAUCAAUCAAUCUCAUAUCUCAAGCUGAAAUUCUCAUUUCAGGGACUCCACUUCUAGAAGAACACUUACAGACAAGAACUUAGAAAAAGAAAUGAUCUGCUUAUUACAGGAUAAUUGAUGGUACAAUAUACAUGCAAUAAAUGAGGAUAAGAUAAUGAGGAUGAAUAAUAAUAGAUGAAUAAAGGAUUCUGAGUCAGGCUAGGAUUGCUGAAGUAAAUGAUAGUGAUUUAAUAUGCUCCAAUAUAUUAACCUACAUUAACUGGUGUAUUUAGAUGAAUUUAGGAUUACUCAAAAAAAAAAAAAAAGAUUAUGUCAAUCAUGAACACAUGAGACAGCAUCAGCCCUGUUUGGAGCUCUGGAGGUUUGCAUACUUAAGUGAGACUGGUCCUUGGAGAAGAUGGAGCAGGUUCUGAAGUUCCGCGCUACCCGAGGUUGGUAGGUUCAGCUCAGCAAAUGAACGAAGUCAGCCAAAAGAUGGGCCAGGAGUCACAGCACACAGGCUCAAAUGCAAAUACCAAUGCCUAAUGUAUUCUUAAAGAUGCUCCUUUGGUCUCACAAAACUUUGGCUCAGAGGAUGACUUUGGGCCUGCUGGAUGGCGUUCAGAGGUGACUUUGAAAUCACGCAGAUAACUAAAAAGAGGCUCGAUGGCCAGUCGGAACUAUUUAAAAAAUGGCUUUAUGAAAUUAAAGAAAAAAAUAAGUUAAAGGCUUAAUCUUGGGUUGCUAUGUGCACAAAAACUUGAACUAAGACGAUGUUAAAGAAAAAUCAAAACGUGAAUGAACAUGUGGUGGAAAACUUAGCAGACUAAGAAAAAGUAAGACUAAGUAGCAAGACUAAGAGCUAAGAGUGAGCUAAGCGGAAACAAAAGGGCAAGACAAGAGUAGAACACAGAAGAGCAUGAGCAGAAGACCCAGAAAACAAGAGAGUGAGCACCUCAACUUUACUGAUUUUAUCUCCUUCAAACUGGGAGUGUCUCUGGGGGUCUGUGUGUGAAGAGAGAGAGUAGGGGUCGCUGGUCUCCAAGGGCAGCUCCUGGUGAGGAGACCUAAAGGAUCUCUGAUUAUUUGAUCUAACUUAUGGCUGGUAAAUGAGUCAGAUCUAAUACUCACUCACUAUGAUAAAUGUUAUUGAACGCUUGGUUCAUAAUAAAUGAUUUGAUACAAAACACAUAUGAAGAAAUGUAGAAUCGCAUCAAACAUUUUCAUUAUGUUUUGAGUGUCACAUUGAACAUGCUAAAUUACUCUGAAAUGAAACAGAUAGUAACACAGAGAAACUGUGAACAACAAAAGAGUAAAUACAUGUGAAUAGAUUUCAUCAUGAUAAAUAAUGGAUUCUAUAAGCUAACAUUCAGACCAUUCAAUGACAUUAUAACCACCUAAUGGUUAAAUGAUUGAAAUAUAUACCAAACAUUUCUCAACUAUUUCUGUUACUUAGAGUAAAGUUAUGAUUCAUAGUCAAUAAAUUUAAUUCUUAAAAGUUCAUGAAACACUCUAAAAAGCUGUUGGUCUAAACAAACUAAAAAAUAAAGGAUUUAUUCUGUCAGAGUGAUAACUUUGCCUUUGGAGCACCUAGAAAAAAGGGACACAUCUCAUUUUAACACCAACUUCAUGAUUAGACGGAUUAGUACAUUGCUGAAUGUAUAAGAUGUCAUUAUCAGUCAUUUGUAUUCUUUCUCCAAAGAAAGGCAGUUUUUAUCAGAAAAUGGCCAAGCAAGGUUUUACGACCGAGGUCUGGAGGUCAGUGUUCUGCUCCGCUGACCUUUCCUUUGUUCCUUUGUGGUCAUGCACUUUAUGACAGUAAAUCUCAAAGGGAGACCUGGGUUGAGGCAGUAAUGUUUAUUUACAUGGUCAUCGAUGGAGUCGGUUUGAAAGGUCAUAAAAACUCUGUCUCUGUUCUCCAGAUUGACCAAUUGUAAGGGCCAGAGGUUUCGGACAGCCUCCGGUCAUGUCAGUUGGUUAACCUGAAAGUGUAGUCAAGUCUUGAAAGAUUUAUAUUAUUCUGUGUCCUGGGACAAGGACCCAGAAUAAUAUAGACUAACACAUUCCUUUCAGGGAUGUGUGAGUUUCACCUACAGGGUUGUCUAGAUACUACACUAUACUAUGACAUUCUUUAACAAUACUUCAAUUUUAUCGUAAUUAAGUUUGAGGUUUUUUUAAACAGGCCAUACUAUAAUAUUUUUUAACAUACUAUACUAUGACAUUUUAAAAUACUUAACUAUGAUUUUUUUGCAUAAUUUACUAUGACAUUUUUGUCAUACUAUACUAUGACAUUUUUAUAGUACUACACUAUGAUGAUUUUAUCAAACUAUACUGAGGUUUUAAUCAAAAUAUACUGAUAUUUUUAUCAUACUUAAUUUUUUAUCAUAUUAUACUAUGAUAUUUUAUUGUACUAAACUGUGAUAUUUUUAUCAUACUUAACUACAAUUUUAAAAAAAAUACUUAGCUAUGACAUUUUUAUCAUACUAUACUAUGAAAUUUUAAUCAUUCUAUGCUAUGACAUUUUAACAUACUUUACUAUAUUUUUAUGAUUUUAUUUUAUACUACAACGUAUUUUAAUCACACAAUGCUAUGAUACUAUAUUGUGAAAUCUUAUAAUACUAUAUUGUGUUUACUAUGCAUUUUUAUCAAACUAUACUAGGACUUUUUUUUUAACUAUCAUAUGAUAUUCUUAGCAUAUUAUUCUCAUGUUUUUGACAUUCUAUAUAUCAUCUGACCCUAUUAUCAUAUUAUAUCAUACUAUACUAUGAUAUUUUUAUCAGGGCCCUAGCAAGCAGCAGGCAAGAGCCCUACUGAAAUUCCAGUUAUUAUUUACUAUUACUAUGAUUAAAAGUUUUUCAACUCAAAAGCCCCCUAGAUGGACUCAAAACUCAUGAAAAUUUGGCAGGUGGGUCGGGCCUUGUUAAAAUUCAUGUUUUUUACAGUGCCCUUACAUAUAGGUGUUUUUUUAGGUGUUUCCAAAACUCCUUCUUGAGAUUUAUGAAUAGAAAGCUGAAACUGCAGCCACAGGUACCCACAAUAGUCUACUUUCGGACAGAUGUACAACUUUUCGCGAUGAGGCUUAGUUUGGCAACAGUGCCCCCUCAUAGACAAGUAGGGCUUUCUCCAAACGCCUGCAAAUAGCUGCUUCAAAAGCAAACCAUUUACACUUCUGAUGUUAUUUCUCAUCCAGUCUUAAGGAGAGACCUUAAGGAGAGAUGUGUGUAGGUCUAAGGGCGUGGCCAUGGCACCCUUUCCACUUUGUCUGUUCAUAUUUUUACACCAUAAAUGAGCAACAUCACUCAAAGGCAGGCAUAAGCACCAGCCAUCAUCACCGUCCUGGCUGCCAUGGAGAGCAUUGUGCGGAGGAUGACAGAUAGUGUAACAGGGCGGUGGUCUGCUGGGGAGGUGAUCCACAGAGGUGGUGGUGCAACACAGCUCAGGCCCAUUGGUGCCCCAUGGGGCGCUAGUUAUUAUUACCAUCACCAUCUUCUCACAAUCUGGCUCUUUUAGAUCCUUCAUAAAGACCCUUCUCCCUCUGAAGUCCUGGGCACAGACCUGAAAACAAAAACACAGAGCUCUACUCUUUUACGUUCAACCCAACUUUACCUUUACCUCUUUACAUCUUUUUCCAUUUUUUUGAUAUGUUGUUGUUGUUGUUGUUGUUGUAUUCCUGUCCCCCCUAAAGGGAUAUUGAUUUAGGGUCAAACACACCAUAACACCGAGUUAGACACCCCUUCGAGAGAUGAAUGUUGCAGACAUCUUGCUGCUCUAGUUUUACCAACUUUAAUAACAAACACAGGAUAGUGAUAAACAGCAGUCUGAGGAACCAUAAACAAACCUGAACCAAAAUGCCACUCUGUAGCCACAAAUAAUUAACAGAACAGCACCUAACUUCAUAAACAGUACAAAUAGGGUCCUAGCCACAGCACAAGCUACAAACAUCUUUUUAACUUUGCCUUAUUUCUUAAGCAAAGAGACUAAACACAACUUACCCACUUUCCUCCAGCAGCCGCUUGUUUGUAGUGAGACCUCGGGUGACGCAGCUAAAGGAAGAACAUUUAUGAUCAUUUCUUUAUGGAAAUGCAAUCAGACAGAGACCCUAAGGCAGGAGAACUACUGCGUCUGCAGUGCGAAAUGAUUAAUAUGGUGAUUAUUACUUCAAGGAAAUGAUAAAGUAAUGACCAUAAAUGUUCUUCCUUAAUUUGCGUCACCCCGCAGCAGUCCAUAAUGGACUGGCCUGAGGUCUCGCUACAAACAAGUGGCUGCUGGAGGAGAGUGGGUUUGUUGUGUUUAGUCUCUUUGCUAAAGUAAUAAGGCAAAGUUAAAAAGAUGUUUGUAGCUUGUGCUGUGGCUAGGACCCUAUUUGUACUGUUUAUGAAGUUAGGUCCUGUUCUGUUCAUUAUUUGUGGCUACAGAGUGGCAUUUUGGUUCAGGUUUGUUUAUGGUUCCUCAGACUGCUGUUUAUCACUAUCCUGUGUUUGUUAUUAAAGUUGGUAAAACUAGAGCAGCAAGAUGUCUGCAACAUUCAUCUCUCGAAGGGGUGUCUAACUCGGUGUUAUGGUGUGUUUGACCCUAAAUCAAUAUCCCUUUAAGGGGGACAGGAAUACAACAACAACAACAACAACAACAACAUAUCAAAAAAAUUGAAUUCUCAGACCGCUGCGUAUCACUAUCCUGCGUUUGUUACUAAAGUUGGUAAAACUAGAGAAGCAAAUGGUUGGCAACAUUUAUCUCUCGAAGAAGUUUCUAACUUGGUGUUAUGGUGUGUUUGACCCUAAAUCAAUUUUACGCCAGAAUAUCCCUUUAAUUUGAACUCCCACACAGUAAUGAUUAAAUGGAUGAUUAAACAUUCAGAAUGUUCAAAUAUCGAAAAACUUAGUUUGACUUUUAAAUCGUCUGCACAGUGAAUUUGUUUUUUAAAUCAUCUGUGGAGCAAAUCUGAAUUCAAACAGUUUGCCAUAAGUUUAAAUCUGAAAUUGCAUUAGGGUAAAUCUGAAACUGAAGUUGGUGUACAUCUGGAACUCGAAAAUCUAUUUUAAUUUUUAUUUUCAAACUAUUUGCAGUUUUUUGACAGUCAGGUUUUUGUUUCUCUAUAGAUCUUGUUUUUGAGCGGGUUGAUGCUGAUUGUUGGCAUCAUGAGGACAGCUCAUUUCUUCUUCCAGAGACAUAAAUUCAGAGGCUCUUUCUUCUUCCUGGGGGGCGUGGCCUUGGUGCUCUUCCGCUGGCCAAUUAUCGGCAUCUUGGUGGAGGCAUAUGGUUUCAUGCUUCUGUUCAGGUCAGUCACAUGCAAACCUUUCCAAUCUUUUUUUUUUUAAAAGACAAUAAAUGUCAUUAAAAUCAACCUCCAUCUGUUUCUGUGCUCAGGUCAUUUUUCCCAAUGGCCAUAAGCUUUGUGUUGUCCACUAUCAACCUCCCAUUUCUGAACGCAGUGAGUUGAAAGUUUUUGAUAUUUUUCCUAAUUUUUUUUGUACCUAUCGACUCCAAAUGGUCUGAAAAGGGGUUUCUAAAUAGGUCCUGGACAGUGGUUUUAACCUUAACCCCUAUCCUGUAGAGGGUAGCAGCCCUCCACAUGGGAAACGUCCUGAAAUAAAUUUAAAAUACAGGUUUCACAGCUUAAAAAGCUUUCAGUGCUUCUAAAUUUCAAAAUAUGUUAAACUGCUAUAAAAGCUUUAGUGCUUCUAAACCUUAAAACACAUUUUAAACAACUUUAAAAGCCUUCAGUGCCAUUAAACUUUAAAAUACAUGUUAAACAGCUGUAAAAGCUUUAAGUGCUCCUAAAAUUUGAAAUAGGGUAAACAGCUUUAAAAGCUUUUAGUGCUUCUCCAUUAAAACACAAAGAAAACAGCUUUGAAUGGUUGCAAUGCUUCUAACUUUAAAAUAUAUUUAAAACAACUUUUAAAACACAGACCCCUCCACCAUAAGGUGGUAGCUUGAGCAGGGCUUUAAAAGUUUUCAGUUCUUCCAAACUUUUAAAUACAUGUUUCAAACCUUUCAGGGUUAAGGUUUCAUAUCUUUGAUAGCAACAUAUUAACAUAUUAUUUAUUUAGAAGUGAGAGCUCUCAGAAUUUACCUUUUACAUUUAAAAUACAUGUUCAAAGAUUUUAUAGUUUGAAAACAUCAAAAUAAAAAUUGAAAAACCUGUUAAAACCUCAAAAUAUAAAGAUAUGUUUGAAAGCUUUUAGAGCUCAUACAUAGAUUUUUAAAGUAUUUAGAGUUGAUGCAUGUUUUCUAAUAACUGUUAUAUAAAGUUUACUGUUACAUCCAUACAUUUAAAAUAUUUUUAUUAAAUGCAGUGUUAAAAGCUGAUUGAUCUUGGUUACAUUUAAAAUAGACAGUAUAUUUAAAAUGUAUUUCGAUUCUAAAAGCUUUUAACUAUUAGAGUGUUUGUCAGCUCUGUAGAAUUCUAACAAAAUAUUCUGAAAUAUUCAGUUUAAUAUAGCGUUGAAAGCUUUCAGUGCUGGCAUACAUUUAAAAUAUAUUCUUAAGGAGAUUUUAAAACCAAUUAGAAUAGAUACAUUUGAAAUAUACUGUUGUCAAAAGCAAAGGGAGCUUUAGUACAUUUAAAAGAGAUAAUCAAAAGCUUUUGUUGUAGAAACUAAUUGCGUAUGUGUUGUUUGAAUAUGAUACUAAAAGCUUUCAGAGCUGACAAACAUUCCAAAUACUUAGUUCAGUAUACUGUGAAAAACUUAAGUGAUGAAAUACUCUUAAAAUACACCUUAAGACAGGUGGAUGUGUUAAACUGAUGUGUUGUUGUAUUUUCAGAUGUUUUCCACAAGCACAUCAAUGGUCUGA